AUGGCAGGAUUCUUCGAUCUCAAAGCCCGCAAGGAGGCAGCUGCCACCAAUGGCGCGUCUGCGAAAGCCCCUACCAAGGAAAAUACUCGAUUGCAGCCAUGGGUUGAGAAAUACCGCCCAAAGAACCUUAACGACGUGACAGCCCAAGAUCAUACAAUCACCGUCCUCCAACGCACCCUUCAAUCUUCCAACCUCCCGCAUAUGCUAUUCUACGGCCCCCCCGGAACAGGGAAAACCUCCACCGUUCUCGCCCUCGCAAAGGAGCUCUAUGGACCCGAACUGAUGAAAUCUCGCGUCCUGGAACUCAACGCAUCCGACGAGCGCGGAAUCUCCAUUGUCCGCGAGAAAGUCAAGGACUUCGCACGCAUGCAGCUCUCGAAUCCCUCUCCCGCCUACCGCGCGCUCUAUCCCUGCCCACCCUACAAGAUCAUCAUCUUAGACGAGGCCGAUAGUAUGACGCAGGAUGCGCAGAGUGCACUGCGCAGAACGAUGGAGACGUAUUCGAAAAUUACACGAUUCUGCUUGAUCUGCAAUUAUGUAACGCGCAUCAUCGAUCCGUUGGCGAGCAGGUGCUCUAAGUUUCGGUUUAAAAGUCUGGAUGUGGGGAACGCAAAGAGGAGGGUCGAGGAGAUUGCUGAGAAGGAGGGUGUUUCACUGGAGGACGGAGCAGCGGAGACGUUGAUCAGAUGUAGUGAGGGGGAUUUGCGAAAGGCGAUUACCUUUCUGCAGAGUGCGGCGAGAUUAGUCGGUGCUGUGGCUCUCAGGGAUGAUAAGGAGGACAAAGAUGAGGAUAGCAUGGACGUGGAUAGGGAGAAAAAGGCGGUUACCGUGAAGAGCGUGGAGGACAUUGCUGGCGUGAUUCCGGAUGCGACGAUCAGCAGACUGGUGACUGCGAUGCAGCCGAAGAGUAAGGGCUUGGUCUAUGAAGCGGUGUCGAAGGUGGUCACGGAUAUGGUUGCAGAUGGGUGGAGUGCUACUCAGGUUGUCACCCAGCUUUUCCAAGCAAUCAUCUACAAUGAGACAACGCCCGAUAUUCAGAAGAACAAAAUCACUCUCGUGUUCUCCGAAGCCGACAAGCGACUUGUCGACGGUUCUGACGAGCAUCUCAUAGUUCUUGACCUCGCAUUACGGAUAUCGAAUAUCCUGUCUGGGACUUGA